UUACACAUUCCUUCGUACGACAGAGCCUCAAGGAAGAGAGGACGUCACCUUUCUAUACAGCUUCACGCUUGAACCUCUGCGUACGUGAAUAAGUUGACUUGCUGCUUGCUUCCAUGCGUUGCGUCUAGCUGUUUGUGUUUGUCAAUGAGCCGUUGGACUAAAGAGUAAGGCAUUAGCCUAAUGCUGGUGCCGGCUUUUCAGCUACAUCUUUCUGAGAAGAUCCAGCGUGCGCAGGCUACCAUCGGUAGAUUCGAUGGCAAGGUGCCUGCGUUGGCAUGCGCGACCCUAGGUGGAAAAGUUUUCCUGCACCAGCCCCACCAACAGGGUGGCGGCAAUGAUAAUCAAAUAUCAUACCUCAACAUCAAUAAGCAAAUAUCGUCGGUCGUUUCCGGACGUCUCCAGGGCAGCAAGGAUGUUCUACUGGUCGGCACUCCCAGCAACUUGCAGUGCUACGACGUGGACCUGAACCGCGACUUGUUCUACAAGGACGUCCAGGAUGGCGUUAACGUCUGUUUGGUGGGGCAAUUUGGCACCGUUGACGUGCCGCUGGCACUUGUUGGCGGCAAUUGCUCCAUCCAGGGCUUCUCCGCUGACGGCAGCGAGAAGUUCUGGACGGUCACGGGUGACAACGUCUCCGCCAUGGCCUUCUGCGACGUCGACCAGGACGGCCGCAACGAGCUGCUGGUCGGCUCCGACGACUUCGAUGUCCGCAUCUUUUGUGGUGAGGACAUCAUCGCCGAGGUGCCCGAAGCAGACCAGUUCGUGGCGCUAACCGCCGUGGUGGGCCCACGCUUCGGCUACGCGCUCAUCAACGGCACCAUCGGGCUCUACGAUCGGCUUGACCGGGUGUGGCGUGUCAAGUCCAAGCACAGCGUCUGUGCAAUCGCAUCGUACGACCUCGACGGUGACGGCCUCCCGGAGCUCAUCAGCGGCUGGAGCAACGGCCGUAUGGAAGUCCGACGCGCAGACACGGGUGAGGUGGUCUACCGUGACCACCUGUCGUGCUCGGUCGCCGCCAUCCUCCGCGCGGACUACCGCAACGACGGGCUGGAGCAGGUGGUGGUGUGCGGUGUAGAGGGCGAGGUGCGCGGAUACCUGCCGCUGGACCUCGACGUCGCACCCGGGGUGGCGGCGGAGGUGGACUUUUCGGAGCAGCAGGCGGCAGUGGCGGAGUUGGCGCAGCGCAAGCAGGAGCUCAUGUAUGAGCUGUCGAGCUACGCGAACAUGAAGGUGCAGAACACGCAACCAGGACAAGCGGACGGUGUGCACCUCAUCCCGUCCGACACGCGCGUGGACUCCUACAUCGCCAUCAACAAGGAUACCUCCUCCUGCGAUCUGGUGCUGCGCACCAGCAAUGAUUCCGCGGUCAUCCGUGGCGUGGUGGUGUUUGGCGAGCAGAUCUUCGACGAGGAGAGCCUGUUCGUGUACCCCAAGAACCCGGAUACCACCCUCGCGGUCCCGCUCAAGCCUCUAAAAGACGUGUCCGUGGUGCUGAUGAUCAAGGUCCUGGUAGGCGGCCGGACGGCCUCCAUGUUCCACGUCUUCGAGCUGGAAAUAGAGCUACCCAAGUUCUCCCUGUAUGCCGCGGUUGACCGUGGCGCGUACCCGGAGCCCGCCUCCUCCGUCACGUUCUCCGUGUCCGAGCGCAUUCCGCGACUCUGCGCCUGGGUCGAGUCGCGCUUCAACCUCAAAGCCACCACCGCCAGCCGGAACGACACGCUGGAAGCCUACUUCCUCUGCCUGCGUGAUCGUACCCCGCUGAGCAUCAAGGCCGUACCGGUCGGUGGUGCCGUACAGAUCACCUUCCGUACAGACAGCAUGGACAUGGCGGGCGAGCUGGUGGGCGAUCUGUCAGCGUACCUGGGCCUUUCGGACCUCAGCUCGACUGCGGAGUUCCCGGCCGCGAUGAAGGCCUUCAAGGAUGUGCUCAAUGCGGUCGACGAACACAACAUCACACGGUUGCGCAUGAACGCGGACAUGGCCGACUCGUCCAACGCCAUCAAGCAGCUGAUCAUUAAAGCCGAAGACGCGCGUAUCCUGGGCGACAUGAAGGCGAUGCGGAAGUACUACCGGCAACUCGCCGACAUGAACCGCGACUUGAUCGUGGAGCACGACAAGCGCGCGACCAACCACGUGGCGUUGCUGGAGUCGCUGCGGGAGGUGAACCAGAUGAUCCAGCGCGCCGCGCGGUUGCGGGUGGGUGCGUCCAAGGGCAAGGUGGUGACUGCGUGCCGCGCGGCGAUUAAGAAUAACAACAUGGCGGCGCUGUUUAAGAUCAUUCGGGAUGGAGAUGGGCCAGUGUAGUGGGAGGAGGAGGAGGAGGAGGAGAAGGGGGAAGAUGAGGAGCGGA